CCAGGGUCGCGAGCGCACGGGACGCGCCUGCCCAGGAAAACUGCUCUGAAACAAAUGGCUUUAUCUUUAUCCAAACGAGGAACUCCACAGCCAGCAGCACCGCUCUCUGAGAGACUGCACCAUCUCAUGGGCUCCCACGGCGAUGUCCAGGCACUCUCCCUCCCUCCCACAGCAGCUCGAACCAGGGUCCUCCUGAAGUGGUGACCACUCCAGUUGGCAGGGGUGGAAAAUGGUACCAGUCAGACCCCAGCCCGAGGAGUCGGUCACUGCCUCAAGAUGGAGGAGUCCACCCCCGAGCCUGUCUAUGUGGACGUGGACAAGGGACUGACUCUGGCCUGCAUCGUCUUCCUCUGCCUCUUCCUCGUGGUCAUGAUCAUCCGCUGUGCCAAGGUCAUCAUGGACCCUUACAGUGCCAUCCCCACGUCCACGUGGGAGGAGCAGCACCUGGAUGACUGAGGCACUGGGGGGCUGCUGUGCCCCUGGGGAGAAGAGCACUGGGCCAGGACUCAGGCAGCAGGGGCCCAGCCUGGGAUGCCAUCAUGAGACUGCAGGGUGGUUCCCUGCCCAAGUUCCCAUGCAUCUUUGGGAAUGGAACCCACCACAGACGUCACCACCACACAACAGUGGCCGGGAGACUAUUCUUUAAAUGCACAACACAGGGCGGCACCCUGGAGACCAGGCCAACUUCCCCAUGGCCAGCAGUGGAGGGCUCAGGGAGAGUGAAAGGAAGUUCUGGGUGCCUCCCCUGGAAAUCUCAAAAGGCACAUAGCUGCUUCUAAGCAGUGUUUUUCUUUUUUAAAAUAUAAAG